AUGACCGAUGUAAUUCUAAUAGCAAAUGUAGUCCGUGGUGGUGUUCUCAUUGGCAUUCGUAAAGAUUACCCUGCGUGUUAUGUUAAAGUUCCUCAAUUAAAUGUUGAACAUGUUUUUGUCCGUUUUACUAUUGGUUCGUGUAGUUUCAUAGUUGGUGGUGUCUAUAUUCCGCCUCUCCCUCCUCCUUUAAUUUAUGAAUCUCACGUCUCUUCCAUUGAAUGUUUGAUUAAUACUUAUCCUAAUGACAAAUUUAUUAUUUGUGGGGAUUAUAAUAUUCCUGAAACAAAGUGGGACAAUGAUGAUUAUGGUAUUGUAUACUCAUAUUCUUCACCUGCCCGUGCCCCAUGUAUUCCCGAAUCUUUUACAACAAACGGAUUCUUUCAAAAAAAUAAUAUUUAUAACUCAACCAAUUCGAUUCUAGACCUAGUUUUUUGCAAUGAUAAAGAUUUAAUCGUUGAAAAGUCGCUUGACUCGCUAGUUCCUAUAGAUAAAUAUCACCCAGCUUUAAAUAUUUUACUUCCAUUUAGUCUCCCGGUAGGCCGCAGGUUCUACAAUUUCUGCAAAGGCGAUUAUGGGAAUAUCCGUUCCUUUGUGUCUACAUUUAACUGGUCUUCAACACUUUCUCAAUACGACCUUGACUCAGCAGCUCAUAUUAACUAUAAGUCUUCUUUAAGCAUUAAUGAUUAUAGAGAAUUCUCUCUCCUCAGGGCUAAACUUAAAUAUGAAACAAAAAUAUGUUACCGAAACUUUAUACUCCGUACUGAAACAGCCCUUAGCACUAAGCCUAAUGAUUUCUGGAAAUUUGUUAGGAACAACCGUGCUAAGAUUUGUAUUCCCAAGGAAGUGUCAUACAACGAACUCACUUAUAGUAAUGAACAAGAGACCGCCAAUCUCUUUUCUGACUACUUUUCCUCAGUUUACUCUACUAAACGAGUAGAUUUUGAUGCCAAAAAAAUAGAUAUUUCUACAUAUGAUCUACCCAAUAAUGCUACGUUUAGCGUAGAAGAUGUAUCGCAUGGCCUAUCUUCGUUGGAAAAUGUGUGGUCAAUUGGCCCAGAUGGCCUCUCAGGUCACUUUUUAUAUGAAUUAAGAACUAUUAUUGCUUAUCCGCUAUGGCUUCUGUUUAGAAGGUCGCUUGAUGAAGGCGUUUUUCCUUCCAUGUUCAAAUUCAGUUCUGUAACCCCUAUUCCUAAAUCUGGUAGCCCCUCCGUUGUUUCCCUUUAUCGACCUAUUUCCAUCCAAUCGCAUAUUUCAAAAAUGUUUGAACACAUAGUCUUAAACGCCAUUCAACCAACCGUUAAUUCUAUCCUAGCCGAGGAACAGCAUGGCUUUCGCCCAAGACGGUCUACUACCACAUGCAAUCUUGUUUUCAAUAACUAUGUCUUCGACUCUUUUCAACAACGAACUCAAGUAGAUGUAAUCUACAUUGAUUUUCAAAAAGCUUUCGAUUCGGUCAACCAUAAUGUACUUAUUCAUAUUCUCAAAGAAUCAGGUUUUGGCGAACCUCUUCUGUCUUGGCUAAGAUCCUUUGUUAGUAACAGGUAUCAAUGGGUUAAAGUCUUUGAUGUUAAGUCUAAUCUGUUCUUGGCUUCAUCGGGUGUCCCUCAAGGGAGUCAUCUGUCGCCAAUAUUGUUUUCAUUAUUUAUAAACAACCUCCAUCGUGUGCUACAUCACUGUCAAUUUCUGUGUUUUGCUGAUGACAUCAAAUUAUAUCUGCGUGUAACCACGCCAGAUGAUUGUACAAAACUUCAAUCCGACCUAGAUCGAUUCUCAAAUUGGAUCAACACUUUAGGUUUAGCACUUAAUCUCGAUAAAUGCAAAAUUAUGACCUUCACUAGAUCACGUUCUCCUAUAAUGUCCCCAUACUUCAUCAAUAAUAUAGCUAUUACUCGUACUAUGGACUAUGUCAUGGAUCUUGGUUUCAAGCUAAGCUGCAAUCUUGACCCAACUGCUCACAUAGAGAAGAAUGAUGAUUAUUUAAAGUAUUCGCCUCCACUAAAUGCUUCAAUCAAAAUUGUAUGGACUCAUAAUCAUACCGUUGACUCAUGUGAUGCUUUAAAAUUUUUAAGAACAAAAAGUGAAACUGGAGGGGUUGGAACAACGGUCGACAAGCAGCAGUUAACAAUUGCUACUCUCAGCGAGAGCGUGGAACGCUUGGAGCGGGGGUUAGCCGAAGAAAAGCUUAGGUCGACCGAACGGGUGGCGCAAGCAAGUUGCGCAUACCGUGGGGUUUCCCCCAAACCCUCCACCAGCAUUUUGUCCGGAGAAAAUCAAAAGUGCCCGGGCAAAAGUCAAAAUCAUCCGGUCAAAACUCAAGGUGUGAGUUUUGAGAGCCGUUGGGGGAACAUACGGAGCAGAUUGGCCGGGGAAAACCCGAGAAAUCGGGAAGUAUCCAGAGUUUCCGGUAACCGGUCCGGUGUGUCCGGUGAAGUGUCCGGUAGAAAAGAUCGGGAAGUGUUACAGAGUAAUCUCUCCGGUGGAAAACGUGUUCACUUCGCGGACAGCCUGCUCAUUCCUCAAAAUGAGUUGAAUAUGGCCCGUGCGUCACCUGGGAGUUUGGACGCUGAUUACUAUGUGACCAAAAUCCGUCUACAUCCCAAAUUUAUUUUCAUCUCGUUGUAA